GAGAAUAUCACUAUUCAACAAUAUGGCUGCUGCUGAUAAGAAUUUUGUGGGAUUACUUAAUGGUCUUGCACGAAGAAGUUAUUUUGCUGAACAUGACAUAACAGACGAAUUUCUUAAAGAAGAACUCUUUCCUGACCUUGAGCAAGAUGAUUUUGAUGCAUUAUUGAAGAAGUACGAUAGUUUAUUGAAAAGUAUCGUCGCUGCAGACAUGGAUUUUAACCAACUCGAUGCCUUUUUGACUUCACAAAGGAAACGAAGGCAAGGUGCCAUAACAGAAGAACAGUCUGCUUCAAUAGUGAAGUUUUGGAAGUCUCAAAAGGCCAAAAUUCACGAGAUUAUGGUGAACAAGAGUCGUUGGAAUAAUAAAUUAAAGGACUUAAGUUGGAGAAUUGACUUUAAAAGUCAAGCUCGUCAUGUCAGUCAAAUAAACACUCCUGUGGCUAUUGUUGAAAUGAAGUUUCAAAGUCCUACAAAUGAAGAGAAUACGAUGCAUUUUGAAAUGGAUGAUAAUCAGCUUGCUGAUGCAUUGAAAAGUAUUUGUGAAAUUGAAAAACUUGUUGAAAAAUAUGGGAAGUGAAUUAUCAAAGUAAAUAUAGCCAUAUUGUCAUAUAUAAAAUGUAUGUAAUCACACAAGUUUUGAUGAAAAUUAUUUUAUAAUGUUGUUGACUAACUUAACCAAACAUUUUAUAGAGAAUGUUGGUAUUGUAUUACAGCAUGUGUACCAUUAA